AUGAACGAUCAAUUAUAUAUUCCUCAAGUUGCAAAUGAUCGAAAGCCAAAAAUUGGAAUGCAAUUUGAAUCAAUAGAUGAUGCGUUUGAAUUCUACAAUCAGUAUGCUCGUGAAGCAGGUUUUAGUGCAAGAUAUAGCAAUAGCAGAAAGAAUAAGAUGACGAACGAAGUUGUUUGGAAACAAUUAGUAUGCUUUAAAGCUGGUCAAACUGAUGAAGCUCGUUCAAAAAAUCGAGCACCAACUGGUGGUCUGAUUCAGAUAAGAGUUCGUGGUGAAGUUAGAACUAAUUGUAAGGCAAAUAUUUCCAUUGUCAAGCAACAAACUGGAUCCGAGUGGAGUGUUAGCGUCUUUAUGGAAGGUCAUAAUCAUGGACUCUUUACUCCGUCAAAGGUGCAUUUACUCUGGUCACACCGUAGUGUUUCUGCUGUGAAGAGAGUGUUGACUCAACAAUUUUCAGAAGCUAAUAUACCAACCUGUCAACAAAUGCAACUAUUGGAGAUGGAGUCUGGGGGGCCCGAAAGUGUAGGUUGCACAGAAAAACAUAUCAGGAAUUUAGAGAGAGAAUUAAGGGAUGAACAAAAGGGGAUCGAUGCUGAAACUCUUAUAGAAUUCUUUACUUCCGAGAAGGAGAAAAUUUCAUCAUUUUUCUUUGACUAUGAGACAGAUUCAGAUCAUAUAUUCAAAAGAUGUUUUUGGGCAGAUCCUAAAUCAAGUAGGGCUUAUGGAGCAUUUGGUGAUGUUGUUGUGUUUUAUUCCACUUAUAACACUAAUAAGUAUGGAAUGAUUUUUACACCUUUCGUAGGGGUUAAUCAUCAUCAUCAAACAAUAGUUUUUGGUUGUGGAUUUCUAAGUGAUGAGAAGACAGAAUCGUAUAUUUGGUUGCUUAAUAAGUUUAUGGAAGCUAUGUCAAGUGAUGCACCAAAAACAAUCAUUACUGAUCAAGAUCCAGCUAUGACGAAAGCACUUGCACAAGAAAUGGGUAUUAGUCCAACAACUAUGCACGGAAGUCAAACAAGGAAGAGCUUAGAUAAAACCAAAACCAUUGGUGAUCCUUCUAAGAUAAGAUCAAAAGGAUGUGGAAAGCGAAUGUUAUCAUCAAAAGAAAAGUCAAUUUUAAAGACUAGGGCUUGUCGUGGUUGUGGACUACAUGGUGCAUCACAUGGUAAACGUGAUUGCCCAAAGUUGCAAGACAUAUCAGUUGCAUAUGACCAUCACGACAUUAGUGAAUAUGCAAAUGAAAGAGCUUGA